CCGCAGUUUUGCAUUCCUUAAGCAACAACCAUGGCUCCCAUACAACAAUCCCAGGCCAGCCUGGACAGGCGGAAGAUUGUUGGAAUCAAUCCCGAAACCGUCACAAACAUUACUUCAACCGACUUCCCCGGCCACCAUGCGGGCGAAGAUCUUUCAUGGUCUCUCGACAAGUUCGAGCAGAACCUGAAGAUUCAAUUCCACCAGAAUCAAACCCACGAAGCCAUAUUCUCCCUCAUCGGCGUCGACGCGUCCAUAGCCAACGCCUUCCGCCGGAUCCUCAUCGCCGAAGUUCCUACAUUGGCUAUCGAAAAAGUCUACGUCAAUAACAACACUUCAGUAAUUGCAGACGAAGUCCUUGCUCACCGACUGGGCCUCAUACCGCUGAAAGGCAGCAUCGAAGGUCUAAAGUCGUUAAAAUGGUUCCUCGAGCCCAACCAGGACAUGGGUUUCGAGGGUAUGGAACGAACGGAUUACAACACAAUCGUGCUGAAUCUGAACGUGAAGUGCGAGCGCAACCCGGCCGCCGACAAGAAUGCCACGGAUCCGGAAGAGAAAUACAUCAAUAGCAGCGUAUACUCACGGCACAUCAUAUGGGAGUGUCAAGGUUCCCAAGCGGACAAGUUCGCCGACGGACCCAUCGAGCCGGUCAGCCGUGACAUUCUUAUCGCCAAAUUGCGCCCCGGCCAGGAACUAGACAUGAUUCUGCAUGCGCAUCUUGGGAAAGGAGGCGACCACGCCAAAUUCAGUCCUGUCGCCACCGCAACAUACCGCCUCCUCCCAAUGAUCACCAUCACCAAGCCUAUCCUUGGUGCUAACGCUCGAAAGUUCCAAAAGUGCUUCCCACCAGGUGUUAUUGAGCUUGAACGCGUGACAGCCACGGAAACAGACCCAGACCAUAAAGAGUUCUACGAUCCUGCGUACGAGGGGCGAGAGGGUGACGAGAAGGCCGUAGUCAAAGAUCCCAUGCGAGACACCGUGUCUCGAGAGUGUUUACGCCACGACGAGUUCAAGGACAAAGUCAAGCUAGGCCGUGUGCAAGACCAUUUCAUCUUCAAUGUUGAAAGCACGGGACAGUUUCCAAGUGACAUGCUCUUCUUGGAGAGUGUCAAUGUGCUGAAGUUCAAGGCGAGCAGACUACUUCGAGCUCUUGAUGAGGAGGAGAAGAGGAAGUAG